AUGCUUGUCGUUCCAACAAUUGAUUGUAUUGAAGAAAUUUUGAAAAAUGUCAAUGAUAAAGCAUCCUUGUUCUCUUGGACCAUGGUGAAUAGUACUUGGUGUAGUAUAGCAAUACCACUUUUAUGGAGUUGUCCAUUUUCAGAUUUGAAAUGGCCACAAGAUCAUUAUAAAGGGCAUCUUUUGAUGCGUACAUAUAUUGCAUGUCUUCCAAAAGAUAAAAAACAACAUUUAAUUGAUGAGGGUUAUAAUAUGAUUGAUUAUUAUGGAGAAGCAUUAUUUGAUUAUCCAUCAUUUCUGAAAGAACUUAAUAUUGGCAAUGUACAAUGUUCAAUUAGUCAAUGGUGGAAUGAUGCAACAGAUUAUAGAUUACGUCAUAAAACUAAAGUUCCUGUAUUGGAAUCAGCUAUUUUUGAAAUGUUAUUCAAUAACAAUUAUGGAUUGAGAAGUUUGGAUUGUCGAUUACAAACUUGUUACAAUAUACCAAAUUUUUCAAGUUUCAAAGGAAUUCAACGAUCAAUUUCUCGACUCACUGAACUUCGAAUAGAUUGUUCAUCAAAUGAUAAUGAAGGUUAUAUGAUUGAAUUGAUAGAUGUUAUAAUCAAGAAUUCACAAAAUAUCCAUGUGUUGGUGAUUACUCCACCACCACUUCCACAACAGCAAUAUGAAACUGAUGUACUUUCAAGUAAAUUACAAACAUUGAUUGAAUCACAAAAUAACUUGGAAGCUAUUUAUACCAUUUCACCAUAUUCAGGAAUAUUUGAUCCAAUAAGAUCUGCUUCAAUAUUUUCAGCUUUAAUAAGUCAAACAGAUAGUAUAACAGAAUUAGAUCUUAGAAAAAUGUUUAUUGAUUGGAACUCGUUGGAAAUUUUAGCAAAAUGUUAUAAUUUGAAAUCAUUAACUUUGGUAAAUUGUCAUCAAGAAAAAGAUAUAAAUAAUUUCUUGUUCUCGGAACCAUCACCAACUUCUUCUUCCUUUUCUUCAAUGCAUAACAAUAAUCUAUUAUCAUCAAUUACAAAAUUAACAAUAAAUCAUGCAACUGAUUUUAGUCCUUUAUCAGAAAUUACAGCAACUUCGAUUAUAAUGAUGGCAAGACAAAAUUUAAAGGAAUUGGUGAUCGACUUCAUUACACCAGAGUUAUCAGAAUUUAUCAGACAACAGCAAAUUCCAAAUUUAGAUUCAUUAUCAAUAAGAACUUUCCGAAUUAAUGAAUUACAACAAUGGUUAAAACAAUCAAAAUUAGUUCAUUUAGCAUUAAGUGAUGUUAGCAAUAACUCUGAAUUAUUUUCACUCACCAAUUCAUAUCAAUUGGGAAAGCUAUUGCCAGAAACUUUAAACCAUUUACAAAUUGAAUGUAGAUAUAACAUUGCACCAGAAUCUUUAACUAUACUAUUGGAAAAUUCUAAUUGUAGAAAUUUACAAAUUUUAAGUCUUGAUGUUGAAAUUUUCAAUGACACUUUGUUAGAAGUUGUUGCUGAUUAUUCGCGUGAAAAUGGUAGAAUUUUAAAAGAGUUGAGAAUUGCUAAUGACACACUAUUAGAAUAUGAUGAAAAAUUGCGUAGAAAAUUAUCAAAUGUGAUACCCUUUAUCAAUCAAAAUUAUAUUGACACUUGGCCUAUUCUUUCUGGAGAGAUCCUUUAUGGAAAAGUAUGA